CAGAAUAUCUGUACAGUAUUUUCUAGUGUAAAUAAGCCUAUGAUGUCUUGAAAAUGCAUGGACAGUUUUACAAUCACUACGCUAAUCAACAGAGCAGAACAUCGCAGAAUCCAUCCAAUUCUGCCAGGACUACAAAUGAACAGCAGGUUCAUGCCUUGUAUAGAGCUCAACAUAAUGCUGUUGUCAAUGGCCAGGCCUACCCUACGCAUGCCAAUCAGCAGCAGCAGCCUAGGGUACAGCCUACCAUACAGCAUGGCUCAGCAGCAGGCCUAACAAGCCAACAGUACAAUCAGUUACUGCAAAGCCAUGCUUACUAUCUUACGCAGCAACAACAACAACAAACUAGACAACAGGAACAACAAAGGCUACUUCAACAACAGCAGCAACAAGUAGCCAGUUUGGAUGCGGCAACGCUACGGAGCGCAGGAUUAGAUCCCACAACCUUGCACAACCUGAAUGCUGAACCCUCGCUUCGAACUUUGCUUGCAACGUCGUAUGGAAGGAAUACCUUGAGCCAAAUGCAGAUGCAGACUCUGAACCAUCUAAGCCUCAGUCAGGCAUCAGUCUCUCCUCACCGAGUUGGAUCAAACGCUCAGCCACACCUAGAACAUAUACAACCUGCUAACAAACUGAUGUCACAAGCAAGAAUUAUGACAUCACAAUCUAGGGAGUUACCAAGGCAACAUGAAAGUGCAGUCAAUCAAGCUCCGCCACCAUUAAGGAAUAUACAAGCACAGAACGCUUCGCAAGCAGCUUUAAGCCAAGAAAUGCUGAUGGCAAGACAUUUAUCCCCCACGGCCCCAGGUCGCAGCCCCCCGGGUUUCCAUCAAAAUUUGGGGAAUAACGUUUUUUCAAAUAUUUUAUUAUCACCCACGAAUAACCCGGGGAUGAUACAGACGCAUCGUGGGACAGCGUACUCCCCAGCGAUGGGUCAUAUUCCUCAAAUGGGGGUGAAUCAUCGACAACCAAAUAUGCAAAUGACUACUCAUACUGAGAUCACAACAGAUCGGAAUACCAGUUGUGCGAAUCCUUCAUCUAUGACUACCGGACGUAAUGUCAGUCGGGAUUUACAAUCGCCACAGAGACCUACGACAACUGGGACAAUCAUCAACACGAAUGUCCAUGUGAAACGACAAACAUCAUCCGUGAAUUCCUGUACGGCUCCUGUGAUUAUCAGCGACAGUGACGAUGAUGAUGAACAACCAACCACCUCAACAGGGGGAGAAAAGAAAGUCAGGGAACAAACGCCGUCAUUGCCUGCAAAGCAAGAUUUCACCAGGGUUGUCAUUGACGAUGAUAUAGAGAUCACAGGAAUGAGAGCAGCUGAGAUCAUGUCUCACAUGAGAUCGGAUUGCCCAAUUCACCAGUUCAAGCGCGUCGACAACGUAGAUGUCGGCCCUCAAGAACAGAAUGCUUCCAAGUGUAUCAAAUGCUUUUGUUAUGUCUGUGAUAAAGUAGCAACAGAGUGCAAAUCCUGGACAACGACAACAUUCCCGCACUGCAAUGCACACUCGAGGGCGAGCUGUUGGAAAGCUCGGAGAAAUACGAAAAAGAGUCCGCUGAUGUUGAGAUUGGCUUCAGAGGAAGUCACCCAGGAGAUGGAGCAAGCUGGUGAGAUAGCAAUGCAGUACAUGAUCACAAUCCGCGAGUCGUACAUCACGUAUCGUGCCGGUACACCGUGCGAGUACAACGCCGUGCCAUGCAAUUGUUCGUGUCAUAAACUAUCUAGAGCUAAUGAACCAUGUCAUCAAUGCAAAGUCGUUCACGAUAUGAAGAAGAAAUUCAAUUACGAACCGGUCCGAGAGACAGCUCUGGGAAUAAUCCGAGAAAUUCAGUCGAAAUAUUCCCAGAGUCGUCCAGAGAUGGCCUUGAUCACGCUCGAAGCUGUUUUAUCUGAGUUGUGUUCACAGAGACCUGCGGACUUUAACCAUUCAUCGCGAACUCCCUCCAAUCCUGACAUCCGCUGUCAAUGCAACUUCCCGAACAUCAUAGAGGAACACAUAGAGAAAGAAUUGGUUGAGAUUCUGACAAGAUUCGAGGUUUCGCAGCCGUUACGAACCAACCUCAUACAAUGUGUUGAAGAAGCAAUAAGACCACUGCAGUUGAAAGACACCAUGAAAAAAUUCCUUGGAAUGCGACACUGGGACAACCUACUACUUCGAGCUGUUCUGACCGGAGCCAAUACUACGGGGAGUAAAGGAAGAGAGGUUCUACGAGAAACUGCUGACGUCAUCAAAAUGAGGGUGGAGAAGUUAGAUAGAGAUAAGAGGUAUCACAGCAUCCUGCGAUACAUCAAAGUCGUCAAAUUAUUUCAAAAUCAGAGUUCUGGAAUUUCAGGAACUCAGAUUGUGUCCUAUAUGGAGCAAUGGAUGUUAUUGUACAAAGCCAAGCAAGGACUUUUCAAGGACGUUGCUUUCCGGUUGACUGAGUUUGCGGCCAACGAACAUCGCGGAUGCAUUCUAUCCACUUUGCCUCCUGAGUUUCUCAUCAAACUGCUAGAUGUCCUUGCUGGAUAUGACAUCUCACCUGAUACGAGACUGGAUGCUUUCGAUCCUGCAGGUUCUCGAGGUCCAUACGAGAUUAAAGGCAAAGAUGCCGACGUACUACUGAUGUUAUUUGUGUUCAUUGUCCAGCAGAAUCCAGCGGCUGCCAAUCAUGUGCCGAUAUAUCUAUGGCUGGCCAAGUGGGUCAACAGGAGUAGACUGUCGCCAUGUUUGGACCCCAACUUGAUCAAGCCAUGGGUUGACCAAGGCACCACCAUCUCGGAACUGGCAAAGCAAGCCUCGAUCCAUGGCCAAUGUGGUAGAGCCUUGAUACAAUGCCAAGCCCACGAUCCACAUGUCCAUCUGUUCCUUGCUUCAGCCAGUAUCGUGAACGCCGUUGCAAAGCUGAGAAAAUCUUUCACUUCUGAACAUAUCCAAGUCAUUCUAGAUGCCUACAAGACGAACGAAUGGGCUUUGUUUCAUCUCGUCACACAAUCAGCAAUGAUGAGUUUCGGCGAUCUCGGAGUUAUACGUUGGAUAACACACUUCUGUGAACAGAAUUCAGGAUCCAUCGCUCAGAUCAAAGAUAGAGUUCUUAUUGAAUCCAUCCAGCCUUACCCACUAGACAACGUGAGCGAACUCCUUAAUGCUUUGAUUAAACCUGACUGGGUGACGUCAGUGGAUGCCAUACAACAGACGGUCAUUGCUGUGGCUUCAGAGUACUCUAUCAGACUUCUUGAAGAACUGAAACGCUACGACGCAAAAGUCCUGAUUCUGAGAUCUAAAUGGCUGGAAGAGAUUAUUCUGAAGAAUGUUGAGGAAAGGAAGAUUUCUCCGUCUCUUCUUCGAGAUGAAAGAGUCAUCAACCAACUGAAGAAUGUUUCGAAGACUUGCAGUUUUGUGAACCCAGUGAAGCAUAACAUCGAUUUGUACAAAAAGAUUUCUCCGAGCGCAGAGUGGUAUCGCAGAUGCAACCAACUCCUUCAGUUUCUACAGGAUAAGUUUUCCAAGUACCCAUUCAGCGGAACGAUGGAAGAGUUCUCAUCUCUUCUCUGGUUAUUGUGGAGCAUCGGUGAUAUCGACAGAUUGAAGGCUCGUCUCGUAUUCUUUGAAGACAGACAUUCCUGUGACGAUGACGGGGUUAAGGUCACGAGUUUGAAGGUCAUCAGAGAGCUUGCUGGUCUCCUUGACUCCUCUGCUUAUCCUGACUCGGCUAACAACAAGCACAUAUUGAUUGCUGGAUGCAUCAGGCUCUGCGUUGUUGAGACGCUAAGUUGGCUGACUUGCGCUGAAUGUGCUAGCAAGAUGCCGACAGGAUGGGGUGACAUCUGGGUGUCGAUCGCUCAAGCAAAGCUGACGGAGAAUUUUGAAAGUUUGAAUCAAAACAUGAUUGAGCAGUUUAAAAAGUGGUUAAACCAGGUUCCGUUAGACAAUCCCAAUAAUUAUCAACGACUGACGGCCUGUCUUCGUACGUUUCUUUCAACCCUCGUACUAACAUGGAUGAAAUGUUCGAUGAAUCUCGACCGAGUGUAUCGUUUACUCAUGGAUGUAUCGGCUGCGAUUGCUGGUCAAACAUUUCAAAGGGAUUUUGCGUCAUUAUCAGCAGAACUCAUCAAAGUAGAGAAAGAUAAACUGCAGCCCAAGAUAUUGGAAACAAUAGAAUCUCAACCUCCGAACAAUAUUCAGAUGCAAACUCAGGUUGUGCGUCAAUCUAGAUCUUCAGUCGACCAAGCACCCGUACAGUCAGAACCUCAACACACGAGGCAGUACCGAUCUACGAGCGGGCCUCCAGGACCACCUCCUUCAUUAACUAAAAGCAAUGACCUCACUCCAAAACGAACGACGACUAUGAACGAUGGAGUUGCAAAACAAAUUCUUAAGAAACCCCCAGAAGUGGAAAAAAUUAUUCCCCCCACUAACCCCUCCCCACAGAGGGAAGAACUGCGAGCAUCCACUGCUGUGAUGUCCACAGAUGCUUUAUUUAAGAAAACACCCACAAAUAAGGCAAUUUCACCUCAAAAAUCAGCAUCCACACUAGGGCCUCAAAAAGGGGAAUCCCAGAAACCUUCCCCCCAAAAAGAUAAAUCAUCCAAUCCAUUUUCCUCCCUCAAUCGAACAAAAACUUGUCAAAGUUGCGGAGAAACGAUAAGUUGUGCGUCGUUCCGUUGUCCAAAGUGCAAUCAAGCGGCACGUUCCGUCCAACCUGUGACGUGCCCGGGUUGCGGACAAGAAAAUCGAGAGAUGAAAGGUUAUUCGUGUCAGUAUUGCUAUAGAUCGUUGCUAGACGUACUUUUCCAGGGCGGAGAGGGCCCUCCAGUGUCUUCGGAUGAACCUAAGGUCGCGGAGGUCAAACAAAACAAACGUAAAAAGAAAAGCGAAGAUAAGAGACGAAAAAAGUCGAAAAACGAUGGAAAACCAGAGAAAAAAGAUAAUCCUCCAGAAAGAAAUAAAAGUUUAUCGGAAAAUUCAGAAAAAAAGGUUUUGCCGGUGACUUUGAAAGUCCAACAUAAAACAUUGGAAGACUCAUCGGACAGCCGACUUGAAUGAUUUCGUUACAGAAAAACCAAGGAAAAAACGGAAACGUCAUGUAUCAAUGAAUUCAAAAGUUCCGCCGUUAAAGUUGAAACGAAAACCUUCUAUUAUCUCAUCACCCCCUCGUGUGGUUGAACCUGCAAACGUCGGCGUUUCGUUGACAGACGAAGAAUCUGAUACUGAUGAAAACGGCAACAAUGCACUGAUUAUUUCAUCUGAUGAAUUCUAUGUUGAUCCAAGCAAGGCAAUCACAGAAAAAACUAAAAUUACGACACAGAAAUCCUCCGAAAGUCGUAGUAUGGUACCGGCACACAAUUCUACUUUGGCAUCACCGGAGAAAUCACACUCAGACAAUAUGGGGAAAACCCCUCCCAUUCCAAAACCUCAGUUUUUUAAUUAAUGUGAACAAUAAGCAUCAGAGUGACGCUGUGUCACCCCCAGAAGGUACGAAAUACCCAUAAUCCUCCUGUUAAUACCCAUAAUGCACCUGCAAAACGAGGGGGUCGGGCAUAGCAGCAUGAUGUCUAAAAAACAGAAAGAUAUUUUGAGCCGUAUUAAAAGGCCUGGUAUGGACCGGAAAGUUUCAACAUCAACCAAAUCACCCCUCCAAAUUCAUCAAAUAAAGACAUUAUGAGGUCACCAUCUGGAUAUAAACGCUCGUCCCUGGACAAUGGGCCUAUGUCAUCCCCAAUACGCGGGCAAAAUGAACUAACAUGUAACAAUGAAAAGCAAAGAAAUGAUUCAAGUUGCAGCAGUGGCUCUGUCAGUAGCUCAGCGUCUGCUCUCUCCUUUGGUUUAGCGUCUGUCGAACAAAAAAGCCGACCAAGGAACGUGGGCCACAGGACGGGUGGCCCCCCCAGUUCAAAAAAAUAUGAGACCAGUCGUUCAAUCAUUGAUGAAAACGUUGCUUCGAAUUCGAAAAAGACUUUGUUCCCAAAACCACUGAACAGCAAGGAUAGUAAAUUGAAGAAAAAGAAGAAAAAGAAACACAAGGAUCGACCGACGAAAAAAAUAACUCUAACGGAACGAAAACUUGAUUCGAUGAUCUCAAAGCGAAAACCAGGACCAGCGAGUCUGACUGGCUAUCACAGGUUACUUAAAUUAUCUCACAAGUUAAAGAAAUUACAGCGUACUUCGCCGCAUAAGUUGUGGCGCUUGUCGUCAUCGGUUACGUUUCCUAGCAACGCUGAUUUAUCUCGAUACGCUCGUGUGACUCUGACCUCAUUUCCUGCGAAGAAGUUGAUUCGUAUUCGCAAGUUAGUUCCGAAUUAUUCGAUUGAAGAUUUAUACGGCUAAGUUGCUAAUGCAUUAGCAUGGGAUUGCUGGAAAUAUCAGAAUACAGCAGCUUUGGGUCCGGUGUCAAUUUACUAGCGGGCAAUGCACCAUCGUAAUUAUAUAUAUUUUUCAGUAGCAGAGGCGAGCGUACUGUUGCUCUGAGUUUGGUGCAAAUUUGUCUAUGAUGUCUGUAACCCUCUAACUCCCGCAUAGACUGAUUGAGUUUGUGGGCAAUACACCAUAAUAAUUCUAUAUAGUUGAAGUUUCUCUUGACUGCAUAGCUGAAAUCACAAAUGUGAAGGCAUCAGUCUCAUUUAUUUCUGAGUGAGCGCAUGUUACUUUGCAAUGUGUAAAUUCCCCUGAUAAACUAGUACAAGGUUCCGUAAGAAAGGUCUGCAGAAUAUAUUGCUGACUGAAAUCUGUGCUACCUAAAUUUUGUAUCUUUUAGUGAUUAUUUUAGAAUCUUCCUAAAGUGUAGUUCUGGGGUUUCGUACAAUCUUCUUAAAGAAAGUCCGUUUCAAAAUUUGAUCAGUAAUAAUUCGAGCUGGAAAUUUUACUUGUUAGAUUCAUUCGAUUGAUUUUUUCUAUUGUACCAGUUUUCUAAUCUUUGUAUUAAUGUUGGGCUUCAAGUCCAGUUUAUGAUAUCUCAAACCCAGUAGCGAACCAGUUUUUGUUUUUAUGUUCUGCUUGGUUUUCUGAAGUUCAACGCAAAAGGGAACCUGUUUGAAUCACCACCACACCACCAUUGCUUAAUCCCCACAACUUUGUCCCUCUUCGAUAUUGUUCAUAUCAAAAGCCAUAUUAUCUUUACGGCUUCUGCUGUUAGUCAAUUCUACGAUAACUCGUAUUAAUCCAGCAUAGGAAAUACAAAAAAUUUUAACAUUAGAAACUAUGGUGCAUCUCUGACUUUAAUUGGCCAUUAAGUAGGCUUUGUCAGCCCAAGUUGGAAGUUUGAAUCCCAUCAUUGAAUGCCUGAAACUCCGGAAUUCACAAUUUUGUGGCUCUAAUUUCAGACCUCGGAGUUUUGGGACAACCUAUUCAUUUCAAACAUUGGCCAAUGACUCUCAGUAUUUUCUCUCUCAUUGGUGUAAGAGUUUAAAAAUACAACUCUGACUCGCCAAACUGCGACUGAUUUCAAUAAUUAGCCAAUUCGUUCAUUCUUGUAAUUUAGAAGUUUAAAAUUUCGACUCCCGACUAAGGAAAGUUGAGAAAUAUUGCUUGGACUCCAAUAUAUCUCAAAAUGCCCUCAUUUCAAGGGUUAGAGACUGGAUUGAAUGUCUCUCAGUAUCUCAUUUCAGUACUCCCUGUAGUGUGUUUACCAGGUUAGGGUUAGAUCAUAAUUUUAUUCCAAUUUUCUUUAUUUUAGUUCCAUCACGAGUUCGGGGACUGUCUGUGUUAGCCAAGUAAAUAUACCCCUGCCCAUAGGUUUCAAGUCCCUUUAAUGUAAAAUUGGCAAACAAAAUUAGUUACCGUACCUCCAUAUUGGUACACACACAUCUGGAGCGUCCUUCCUUUGUGUAACUAUUCAAUGUUUCUCAUCUGCUGACUUUUGGGGAGUUUCAGAAAUAAGACUUUGAAUACAAUAAUGCAUGGCAAGAGGUCACAGCCCCACUCAUUACUCGCAGUAUUUAUGUUUCAAUGUUUACCGUCUCAACCUUUCUGCAUCUUUUAUUCUAAAAUGACAUAAUAUCUUUUGUAAAUACUGUUUUACCGGUGCGUUUCAUUCUUUCUCGUCAAAUUGUAGCAAUAUCGAAUUCUGUUUUUUACCGAUUUUCCUUGUGAAUAAAUUAUGAUUGGAAGUAA